GAGUGGGACUGGUUGCCAGGAGAAUCAACCUUGUGAUUGGAGGCUUGGAACUUUCAAUCCCACCCCCAACCUCUGGGGAGGGGGAAGCCUGGAGGUUGAAGCAGUCGCCAGCUGUCAGUGAUUUAAUCAAUCAUGGCUAUGUAAUGAAGCCUCCGUAAAAUCGAAAGAGGAGAGGGUUCAGAGAGCUUCUGGCUUGGUGAACACUUGGGUGUCUGGAAGAGUGCACACCAGGAGAGGACGUGGAAGUUCCUUGCCCUGUACUCAUACCUUGCCCUACCCAUCUCUUCCGUCUGGCUGUUCCCGAAUUAUAUCCUUUUAUAGUAAACCUGUAAUCUAGUAAGUAAAAUGUAUCUUGAGUUCUGUGAGCCACUCUAGCAAAUUAAUGGAACCCGAGGAGGAGGUUGUGGGAACCUCUGAUUUCGAGCCCAUUGGUCGGAAGUGCAGAUAACAAUCUGGACUUGUGUUUCGCAUCUGAAGUCCAAGGUGGGGGCCAAGGGAACUUCCAAUCUAUAGCUGGUUGGUCAGAAGCACAGGUAACCUGGGCUUGCAACUGACUUCUGAAGUGGUGGGUGAUGGAGGGAGGGCAGUCUUGUAGGACUGAGCUCUUACCCUGUGGAAUCUGAUGCUGUCUCUGGGUAGAUAGUGUAUGAAUUGAGUCAAAUUGUAGGACACCCAGCUGGCAUCCAAGAAUUGCUUGACAGCAUUGGGGGAAACCCCUCCACCCACACACAUGGUGAAAUUGGUGAUCUAGAACAUUUUAUGGGAGAAGCAGCAAGUGCGGAAGCAAAGCUGAUAUGUUUGAUUUGAGACCCCUUGAACCUAGCUCCAGAUGGAGAUGUCCAGGGAGCAUUUAGAAAUUCGUAAUUUCAUUUUGGAAAACAGAGACUAAAGAUGUCAUUUUAGAAUCAUAUUCAUUCAGGUGAUGGUUGAAUCCAUGGAGGCAGAUAAGAUUUGUAAGGAAGGGAAUAUACAAGGAAACGAGAAGAAAAUUAAAGAAUGGAGACUUUAAACAGGAAGAAUUUGAGCAUUUGGAGAAGAACUGGAACAGGACCAUGAACAUGAAUCCAAAGAGAAACAGUGCUAAACAUGAGCACACAUUCACAGACAAAUUGUGCUGCUCCUGGAGUCCUAUAUAUUUCAGCAUCUGAUGAGCAUCUGUUGGUUGAAUUGCCUCUUAAAAGUAAUGCUAUAGAAGAAUUUAGGACAUAGCUUCUACGGCAUCCAGUUGGAAAUGUACUUAAGAAUGUCUAUGAAUCAAUAAAAGAAAAAUUAUUGUUAUAUCCCAAGUAAGGCUGUCUUCUGAGAUCAUUUGUCUAUCGCAGGAAAUCAGUUUCACCUAUACAAAACAGGAGCUCUGGUAGCCUCUGCUGAGACUUUUCAGUAGAAAAUGCUUUGAAAAAGAAAAGAAAAGAGAGAAGCAGCUAUUUUGAAGACUGACUUUCUAAAAUUAUAUUUAGGAUUAAGCGGCUGUAACAUUGCCAUUCGUCGCCGAGGCUCCUGGUUUCAGCACGUCUCCUUGGUUCCCAGCCAGUCCUGGGUGUUCAGAAGCUCUUCUACCAGCAAAGAAAGAGGAUUUCUUCCCAUUUGGCUCCAGCCUGGAAACAAUCCCAAGAAUGACUUGUAUUGGAUCAAUGGAGGUUGCAUACUCCCAAACCGCACACCAAGCCAGGAAGAUGGGUGAGGACACAGUGAGAAGGUGGCCAUCUGCAAGCCAGGGAGACAGCUCUCACCAGAACCCACCCAUAUACUGCCACCCUGACCUCAGAUUUCCAGUCUCCAGAACUGUUGACAUGAUGAAAGAAGCGUUAGAAAAACUUCAGCUCAAUCUAGUAGAGAUGAAAGAUGAAAACGCAACCUUAGAUGGUGGAGAUGUCUUAUUUACAGGCAGAGAAUUUUUUGUGGGCCUUUCCAAAAGGACAAAUCAACGAGGUGCUGAAAUCUUGGCUGAUACUUUUAAGGACUAUGCAGUCUCCACAGUCCCGGUGGCUGAUGCUUUGCAUUUGAAGAGUUUCUGCAGCAUGGCUGGGCCUAACCUAAUCGCAAUUGGAUCCAGUGAAUCUGCACAGAAGGCCCUAAAGAUCAUGCAACAGAUGAGUGACCACCGCUAUGACAAACUCACUGUGCCUGAUGACAUGGCCGCGAACUGUAUAUACCUAAAUAUCCCCAACAAAGGCCACGUCUUGCUACACCGAACCCCAGAAGAGUAUCCAGAAAGUGCAAAGGUUUAUGAGAAGCUGAAGGACCAUAUGCUGAUCCCCGUGAGCCAUUCUGAACUGGAAAAGGUGGAUGGGCUGCUCACAUGCUGCUCAAUUUUAAUUAACAAGAAGGUAGACUCCUGAGUUGAAGUCCCUCCCUUGUAGCCAGCAAUACUGCACUCACAAGGCCGAUAACUGUACCACUCCUAUCGUGUUCAUUGACAAUCUACUGUGCCACUGUGCUACUAACUCUGGUUUACAAAAGUCUGAUUCCAAGUUUGCUUCAUUCUGCACCCCUCCCCCCGCCCCUUGCGGUGGUACCUAAGCCGUGGGUUUUGCUAAAUGAAUUAAGCAAUCUAGAAAAUAUAGAGCUAAUGAAUUAUUGAACUGUGAUUAAUAAUAGUAAAGAAACACUCAUUUUAGUGUUUGUAUUAUUGGUGUGAAAUAUAUAUAUGCUGUUUAGUUGCCAAUAUAUGCUAAAGGGUAUCUUCUUGAUCAGUCAGAUAGGCUGGGUUGUUUUGCGUUUUGUUUUUUGUUUUUCUCUGUAUCAUUAAUCAUCUUUCGUUCCUGAAAAAUUCCCUCGUUCCUGAAUCCUCUCCGUUUCCUUCUUUUUUUUUUUUUUUUUUCAUCUGAACUCUGGAAAUUUUGUUUCCAGUUAUUUUCUUUUGCCUUUCCCACUUCUAUUACCUUAGGUAAAAUCCACUGUCUUGCCUUCUGGAUACCUUCCUGCAGGCCUCCCCCAUCUGCCACAUCCGUCUCCUCUGGCUCAUGGCUACGUAUUUGGCCACCACCUCCAUUCUCCCCAGGAAAGGCAGACAGGUCCCUCAGCAGAAUUGUGACCAAAAUCAGAGAGACUAUUUGGGGAAGAGUUAACUACAAAGAAGCAUAUCCUGAUGGGGUUUGCCCCAGAUAACUAAAUUCCAUAAGUAGGACACCACAGCUAGGAAGGUAAAUUCAGCUCCAUAGGGUUGCUAGGAUCGUAGAUCAAGACACCAUAUGGGUACAAUGUCUUAGGAAGUCUUUUAAGUCACAUUCCAUGAAUUUUUGCUUUAUCACUAGCCAUUUACAGACCUUGGGGAAUACUCUUAUUUAUUCCAUCAGCUCAUUUCUAUUCCCACCCCCCCCCCAAAGUGACUCACCCUAUUUCCAGCCUUCUACCCCCCUGCAAUUAUCCUGGUCUAACGACGUUAUUUCUUUGAAAAGAGACAUUGCAUCUAAAAGUGAUUAUUGAUGGUCUAGUGAGAGCCAGAUGGAGCAUGUACAGGAAGUGAUCCGCUUGGUGCUUGAAACCGCAGACAAUGGACAAUUCUACUUUGAAAUAUCUAUGAUUAUGUACUGUGGAAUUCAAUUAACACUUUUUUCCUCUCUAGCUUUUAAAUUACACAACCUAAAACUGAUGCCAGUCUCUUACAAAGAACAAUGCCGCAGUGAAGGGAGAGAUCAUUGUCUUUUACUUAAACCUGAAAGAAACAGCCUCUUAGCAGGCCAAGGAAAUGGUACUUUCCAAGGAAUGGUGACUGAUCCAGGCAUGUUAUCAAACUUCCUAGUCAUCUCCACCUUUCCGGUAUUGCCUGUAGCUUGUUGUUCAAGAUUAACAAUCAGGGAGAUUAAGAAAUAUGACUGAAAGUCUUGCUCUGCUUACCUAUGUAUUUCUAACCAAUCAUUUCUUAGGUUUAGUGACCAAAUGGAAGUGAUAAGCCUCUGAGAAAACCAAGGCAUCCAUAACUACUAUCUGUCUUUUUCGUUUAUUUGAUGAUCUAAUGCCAGGAUUUGAAGAAUUCCUUUCCUCUCCUUUUUGCUUAACUUUAAAUUCAUUUCACAUGCAGAUAUCUUAAAUAGCAUCCCAUGAAUGAACCAUAUCUUAGUCACUGUCAUAUUUGGAAUUGUCUCAUCAUAGGUGAAUAGUAUGUUUUUACCAGAGAGAAAAUGAAUGUUACCCACAUGCUCAAGUUAAUAAGGAAAAAUUGUCUUCCACAAUUAUGGUUGCCCUUUUGGGUUAAAUCUGGCUCUGAGCUGGCAAAAUCAGAACUUCUCCCUGGAAGAGUUCAGCAUCUCAGAAACAAUCUGGGGAAAAUUAACCUAGUCAGCCACAUGAGGCUUACUAGCAAGUGGCAUAUAAUUUUUAAUAUCUUUACUUCUGUCAUCCCCAACUGAAGAACUGUAUUAUAGUCGAUUGCAGGUAGUUAGAUUUUUCUUCUGAACAAUCUGUUCUGCAGAAGGCUGUUUCCCACCUUUCCUUUCCUUUGCUUGCACUCUUUGCUCCUCUGUCUCAAGAAGUCACUUAGAAUCUGUGUGCCUCUUCUACAGAAUCUCAUUCUAUGCUAUGUCAACUGACUAGGCUGUCUUCUUUGGACUCCCUACGUGAUGAUGUGAAAACUCAAACUAUCUGCAGCAUAGUAGUAGUAUUUUUUGAUGUUCUCGUAAGCAUAAUGUUCUCUUUUCGGAGGAAAGAUAACCUGUUAUUACAUAGGUUCCCCUCUGGCCCGUUGUGAUUUAUAAGGAUAAAUAAACUAACAGAAGCUGCUCUUUGACAUUGUGAAGACAAUAGGAAUUAUAUUAAAGUAAGGAAAAGUUGAGUCAGAAUUACUUGGUCGGUAAGAUUCAAUCUAAUAGGGGCAAUAUAGAGAAAGUACAUUAUUUAGCAUUAUUUCUUCAACUCUAAUGAAUCACUGUAGAAAUCAGCAGGCAGAUCUCUAAUGUGUAUUGAUUGCUCUUUAAGCUAUUGUGAACAGAUUACUAAGGCUAUCUCCUCAUCUCUAAGGGGGAAAUAGUCUGUAGAUGAAUAAUGUGACUUAUAUAGAGUUGCAUGUUAGUCUUGGUAAUUAUUUAAUCUUUAACAUUCUACAGAACUCAGACAUGAUUUCAACAUGGUGUUAGAUGUGUGCAUUUUGAUUUGCUGACCAUCACAUUCCAGCCAAUGUAUGGUUAUCCACUCUGUGUGCCAAAACCAGUAAAUGCCUUUCACGGCUCUUUAGUCCAGAGAAGUUCUGCACUGAUUUUGGUCUCUUGUUGUCCUGAUCCUACAAGUAUACAAAUCACGAUGGAAUAAAGUGUGAAUUGUACUGUGA